CCCGAAGCCUCCCAUACAUGUAGACCCAAUUAGCCUUUACGCGCAAUGGCUGGCUUGUGUUUGGGAUUCUCAAGAUUGAGACAUGGACAAGUCCGAUCACCAGGAGCUGGCAGGAGUCGCCCUUGGCCGCCCAGGCUCAAUCAGCUGCACUGCCGUUCACAGCACCGCUGACGUUGCAGCGAUUUACAGCGCAGCCAUCAGUGCAUGCGGGAACUGCAUAGCUUGGCAUCAUACUCACACAACAAGGGGUUUUAAGGCUGGAAGCUGAAGAAAUGAGCUGCACGGCUGCCCCGCACUUGGGCAAACUUUAAGCACAUUUUGCCUACUUGCGGCCCUGAACCUCAAAACGAACGAAAAGAAAACACUAUGUAAUAUAGUAAUAUGUCAAUAUGUCCCAAGUCCUUCCUGUCAAUAUUGUCUUGACAUCUCAAACCUUGGCUUUAUGCGUGGCUCAUGCGUGGCUUGCACAAUUGUCAUGCAGAGUUCAGACACCCAGGCUUCCACUGGAAGCAUGCUUUGUACCUACUUGCCACAGUCUUUGAACUUCAAAUUCGAGCUAGCAUCAUCGCCUUUGACACAGCUAUAUGCGUAUAUGGAAGCUGUGGCGAGUGGCAAGAUGCAGCGGGCCUUUUGCAUGAAUCUGUUGCCCAAGGUAUAGAAACCAGCGUGGUGAAUGUCAAAACUGCCAUCAGUGCUUGCGCCCGAUGCUGGUGCGUGGCCUUGCACUUGUUGGCAGGUGCUGAGACCAGCGAGCUGCCAAUCGGUGCAAUGGCCUUGCUUCUGCGGUGAUUGGCGCUUCUGCGGAGGGUUGCAGC